AUGAGCAGCCCUACCGUCGGGUCCCUUCUGGCUGCCAUUGCGACACUCAUCAGUGAUGGCCUGCGAAUCCUCCAGCUCGCCGAUAAGCGCCAAUGGGGACCUGACGAACAUGAGCAGUUGCGCCUGCUCGACGACGCCCUCGACGAUGCCAAGAAGGACUUUCAGGAGCUGUCGGUCCUCGUCAACGGCCAACGCUAUUACAUGAACGAUCGAAAACCCCAUUCAAUCGCCGAGUUACAAGUAUUGCGUUCCAAAUUCGAGCUUCACGUCGCCAACUUCAAGGACUGGGCCAGGAUAGGAGGGCCCAUCAACCCCGUAUGGGCCCGGGACACGACUGAGUUGCGCCGCGAGCUUCAUCGCGCACAGUGCCGCGCUGCAAGAAGGAUAUUCGCCGCGGAACAAGAGACGUCCGCUAGAUGCCUAGGUGCCUUUCUAGUCUACAGAAAACAGCGAGAAUGGCGGAACCGGCCCGCCUUGAACGAAGAGGAGCACCACCGGCGACACGUGGAGGAGGUGGUAGCUUGCAACACCAUUGGUAAAUUUGAGCGCUUCGGAGACGGGGGCAUUGCCUUUGUAUGCGACUUUUGCGACGGACACCUGGUGUGGGAAGACCUGGAGAGCAUGCCAUCGCUCCGCGCCGCCGAGGAGUCCAGCACCAGCCCCUUGCCGCCUAUUUCGCCGACGACACAGAUGCCCUAUUGGCAGGCGACGGGGUUCACAGCAUCAAAACGACGACAGGAGAAGACGGUUGUGUUCGCGCCCCUAGCGAUAGCGAACCACAUGGCGCCGUAUCAGGGGGACUGGGUCGCCCGCCUCCUCUGCCCCUUUUGCGACGAGGCUCCUUAUGCCGAGGAUGGCGACGAUGACGAUGACCUGCGGGAUCCGCUCGACGAUUCUGGGUUCGAGGAUCUCCAGGCAUUCCAGGAGCACCUUGAGUGGCAACACACGGCGGCCUCAAUACCGGCCGUACCCCUACCCAAGGCGGCCAAGGAGUGUCUGGUGAUGUGA